AUGGUCUUGGGUGCACUGCUCGCCGCCUGUAGCGAUGACCCCGCGGGGGUUCGCGAUAUCGGCGGCGACGUCACGCGCGUCAUCGAUACGCUCGAAGCGGAGGUCUCGGUGCUCCGUGUCGAGAACGACGUUGCGCAUAUCUUCGCCGAGAACGUCCUCGACGCCCAUCGCGUUCAAGGCUUCGUCACCGCGCAAGAUCGCUACGUGCAGAUUGAACUUCAGCGUCGUUUCGGCGCGGGCACGCUCGCCGAAGUUUUAGGACCGCUCGGUCUCACCAUCGACGCAACCGCGCGCGGCCAAGGCUUCAAAGUGGUCGCAGAUCAGAUUUGGGAGAACCUCACGCCGUCGAUGAAGGAACGUUUCGAGGCGUAUGCCGAGGGCGUCAACGCGUACAUCGGGAUGGUGAAGCGUGGACAGUUUCCGGUGCCGGAAGAGAUCGAAAUCGUUGCGGGCUUGGUGUCCGCCGAUAACCCCGCGGACGUCAUGCAGCCUAUGACCGGCUAUGACGUUUGCGCGGUCGCGGCGGUGAUCAUGAGUCGUCUGGGAUUUGAAACGACGGACAUCGAUCGGCAGAUGAUCGCGCAACAACUCGACGCGCUACCCGACAGCGCGUUGAAGCGUGGUCUUCUCGAAGAUGUUUUCGGGUCCGUGAUUCCGAUGUUCGACAUCGCCGAAGUUCGUCCCGGCGAGACGGCACAAGCUUUAUCGCCUCGACGCGAACUCCAGCGAGCGAACGACGCACUUGAGAUCGAGCCGUCGAUGCUUCGUCGCGUCGCGUCUCGCGGCAAACAACUCUCGAAGUGGAUUGGAAAAGCCGAACGCGAGUUUGGUUCGAACUCUUGGGCUAUUUCUUCGAAGGGCACGGGAGGCGGCGCCAUCCUCGCCAACGACGGCCACCUUUCGCUGACGGUUCCGUCAUUGUUCUACCAACAGUGCAUCGACGUUUCGUACUUCGGCGACGACGACGGCUAUCACGUGUGCGGCUUGUUCUUCCCGGGCAUCCCGUUUCUCGCGGUUGGAACCAACGGCCACAUCGCCUGGGGUCAGACGUACCUCGAUGCCGACGUGACCGACUUCUAUCGCGAGCAGGUUCGACUCGGCGCCGACGGUCUUCCCGAUGCGACGAUGUUCGAAGGCGAGUGGAAGUCACUCGAGCGAAUCGACGAGACGUACAAGGUCGGCACUAGCGAAGAGACCAUCGCGCGGUGGGUGACCUUCGACGGUCGCUACCUCAUCGGCAUCGAGGGCGAACUCUCGACCAACGACGCCGGAUUCUUCGCGCUCGGUGAUUGGAUUACGCCGAGUGAUGCGAACAACGACUCGGUCGUCGAAGCGAUGAGUUUCGAUUGGACCGCGUUCGACGUCGCCAAGACGCUCACCGCGGUCGACGCAUUCGGCGACUCGAAAACCGUCGGCGACUUCAAAGCGCAGACGCGGAAACUCGUUGGUUAUGCGCAGAACGUCAUCGUCGCGGAUGAACAAGGCGACGUACUUUUCACUGGCUACCACGCGCUCCCGUGUCGCGACGGCCUUGAAAAAGACGCCAACGGAUGGGUCGAAGGCGCGAACCCCCAGCGUGUUCUCGAUGGCACCAAGUACGGCGCAUUCAAUAUCUCGGUGGACGAUGACGGCGCGGUGCGCACCGACGCGGAGUGUACGAUUCCCUUCGACGUCGGUCCGCGUUCGGAAUCACCAGCGUCCGGCUUUGUGGUGACCGCCAAUCACGACCCGCUCGGCAAUGGCCUCGACAACUCUUUGUCGAACGACGACUGGUACAUCGGUGGUCCCUGGGCCCUCGGCUAUCGGGCGGCGACGAUCGAAGGUGAGCUUGCGAAACUCGUGGCCUCGAAGGGCGCAACGGUGGAGUCCGUCGCGAACGUUCAACAAGACCAUCGUUCGGUGCUCGGCGCGAGGUACGCCCCGAUGUUGGUGACGGGUCUCGAAGGCGGUACCGACGCCCGUUUCGCCGAGGUACGGGAUCGACUGAGUGCGUGGCUCGGACGCGGCGCGCUCGCCAAAUCUGGCGUCGAAACGUUCUACGCUUCGUAUUCUACUGAAGAGAAACAAGAUGCCGUCGCUACGAUGAUCUUCAAUGCGUGGCUUCGCCGCUAUACCGAGUUAGUUUUCGACGAGCCCGAAGCGCAGAUCGCGACGUCGAGCAGUCAGGACCGUGUGACGUUCCGGGCCUUGGACCGGAUGCUUGCGUCGCGGGGAUCGAACGUCGCGAUGCUCGCGUCCUACGAUGAAGCGCGGGGCGAGUCGGUGUUGUUCGACAUGGUGUCGACCUCGUCCGCGACCGAGACGUCCGACGAGGUCAUGCAGAUCGCCAUGAGCGAAAUGCUCGAUGAGCUGACCUCGAGCGAUUACUUCGGAAGCGCAAACAUGGAUGAGUGGCUUUGGGGCUUGGAGCAUCAGGUUCGAUUCAUUCCGCUCCUCGAAGAAGUCGGCGCGGACAAUCCGUUGGUGGGAUUGAUCGCUUUCAAGUUCGGCAUUACGACCGAGGACCUUCCGCUCGCUGAGAACAUCCCGAGCGGCGAUCCGCGUGCCUCACUCAAUGACUUCCCGCGGGAUGGUGAUUGGUUCAGCGUCGACGUGGCCAGCCCAGGUUUGUCGCGCCGUUCGUACAACUACUCGCACGGUCCGGUCAUGCGCAUGGUUAUCCAUCUCGACGAUGGCGAAGUUCGUGGCCGGAACGUCAUUCCUGGCGGUCAGUCGGGACUGAUCGGUGACGAGCAUUUUUCUGAUCAAGCCGCGCUAUGGCUCGGUAACAAGACGAUUCCUCUUCGCUACGAAGCGGACGAAGCGGUUGACGGUGCAACGUCCCGGGAAGUCUUCGUCCAAGCGCGCUGA